AUGGAUGGUUCAAUUGAGAUAUUGGGUGGUUUUCCCUUUUGUGCCACAAUUCCGGCUAACUUUUACUCAUUUCCGUAUACUGGAUACGAUUGGUGUUUAAUGGUUCCCAUAGAACCCAAAAUCCCUAUCUAUAAAGUGUUUGCCUAUAUUUUUCAUUGGAAAGCCUUUGCUCUUACAGUCUUGAUAUUCGUUUUGCUGUCUGUGUCACUUGGAAUAGCUGAUAGAAUCUCCAAUUCCCAACAAACUCUUAUCAGACGAAAUUUCUUCUUUAACAUUGAUUGUUUUCGUGGAAUACUUGGUCAGUCAAUUUUUGAAGUUCCAAACGCUUCUUGGAGUACAAAAAUCAUUUAUUUAUUGAUAUUUCUGCUGGGAAUCAUGAUAGUUACAUCAUACGAUGCAUUUCUUCAAUCUUUCAUGACUGAACCACCAACUGAAAACAUGAUAAGAUCAUUCGAUGACCUAAAAGCAUCCGGCAUAAAAGCCUACAUUUAUAAAACCGAUUUCAAUACAAUGUUAAGUGUUAGACCUGAUAUGAACCAAUAUUUGAAUUCAUUUGAAGUUGAAACUAAUUUUGAAAAAUAUAAAGAAAAUCCAAACACAAAAUAUGCUUACAGCACAAAUACUGUCUUGUGGGGUAUUUUUAAAAAUCAGCAAACUUUCUUCGAUCAACAGCUGUUUCGUUGGUCUGCUGAUUUGUGCAUUUGGAAUAAUAUACAAGCUGCUUUUGCUUUGAAUGACAAUUCAAUCUACAGGAAUGUGUUGAAUAUGCACAUUUUAGAGGUGCAAUCAGCUGGAUUUAUUGAUUUUUGGAUGACAAAGGCUUUUUAUGAAUUAAUGGAAUUGGGAAGAAUUCAGAAGAUGAAUAUUAACAAUUUGUCGGACUUUCGAUCGCUAAGUGUUGAAGAUUUAAAAUGGAUUUGGAUAAUGAUUGGAUUUGCGUACUGGGUCGCUAUUUUGACUUUUGUUGGAGAAAUUUUUGUCUUAAAAAUGAAAAAUUAUGGACAAAAUUGA